AUGAUAGACAACCAAGAGUCUCUGACCAGACCCAUCAACAGCGCAGGCUUCCACGGGCCUGUGAGCUUUCGAUGGCGUGUCACUGGUUACUUCACACCCGGCCUUCUCGACGGCCACCUUGAGAAAUUGACCCGGGCUACCCAAAAGUGGCUGAACACCUGUCACUGGCCAGCCAAAGAACUCGAGUAUGGGUCUACCAGGGUCGAGUCGAUGCCUCUGUGCUCCCGUGAGGAACGCAACAAGGCUCCUUUGGACAAGAACGGAAGAGCGUACUUUGCCAUGACGGUCCAGAUAACUGUUCAUCUCAAUCGUGGAAGCACCUUCAUCCCACAGAAUGUGGUCGAUCUGCAAGAGUCGCUCUUUGACUGCCUGUUUCCUCAAUUUGGUGAUAACCAUGCCAUCAUGGGCUCCGGCUUCCGCUAUCAUCUGCCCAUCGGCGGUGUUGAGGGCGCAAAUCAAAUCUUCAGCUCCCUUGAACGUUGCUUCACUGAUGAGCUUCCCAAAGCGCUGGUAGGAGCGUUCAUGAAAACGGGGAUUGCCGCCCACAACCAAAUUCCAGAACGUUUUCCCGCCUCCGCAAUCAUCGCCUUCGUGGAAGAGGUCGUUCUGAAAUACAAGCACGGUUCUACAGAGUCCGCCGAAAAGCUCUCAAACGUGCCGAACCGUCCAGAUGCCGUCCAGACAAUCGUGCACGAUCUACUCGAUACUUACCUCACAUCGUUUGAGGCCUUUAAGCACACUGUCGCUGCGGCCCACAACGAAGGCACUGUACCCAAGACGAUCAAGAACGUGGUUACCAAUGCCGAGAUCAUGCUUUCUUCGUUGCACAGACUCGUCAUUAACAUCGAGCACCAUGUCGGCAAGACCGUCCCGGGAUCCAACAGUCGAUUCUUUCUCAAGAGGUGGAUCAAUAAUUACUUCCGAUCAGCAGAGCCGCCUACCAUCUGCCUCGACACUGACAUCACGGGCUUUGACGUUGAUCGUUGCAAGCGCACGCUUCGCACCAAACUUUGUCGCUACGAGGCAGCUUCGGUCCCCAUCAUCGGUGCCGUCCGUCUUCUGGAUCCUGAUUUACGCAAAGAGUUCAAGCAGGUGGUUGACUCGACGGCCAACACUCCCGACAAGGUCGACCUCUUGCGUUUGUACGGGGGCGUUUGGCAAGGGAUGCCGAAUUUCACCAGGGAGCAGCUGCUGGAGACAAUCGACUCGUAUAUGCAGCCAUUUGAGGAUAUACACCGCAAGCUUGUUGAUCACCUCAACGUCAUCAACAAUGAGAUUGGCAGGUCGAUCGACCUUACUUCAAGGGAUUUGUGGUGGCAUUCGACAGAUGUAAAGGAGAAGCAGUGCUUUGACUCGGACUCUCUUUACUGA